ACCUCGCCAUCAUCUCGGUUCGUCAUUCCCGCAUUGACCAAAAUGAGCGCCGUCGCGACAGACGUCCUUGCGUUCUACGACAACAUCGUGAGCCCGUUCUUCGCCGACAAUGGCCCGAUCGUGCCGGUCGCCUGUGUCCUCGGGUACCUCACGCUCUCGGGCCCCGGCUGCCGCUUGGUCGUCAAGCUCCUCGGCCUUGAACUGAGUCCCGAAGACAAGAAACUUCGCAAGCGCCACCCCUUUGUGACCGCCAUCAGCGUUGUGCACAACUUCCUCUUGGCUAUGUACUCGGGAUGGACGUUCUACAACUCGGCGUCGAUCUUUUACAACCACGUACAACGCAACCCGGGGUACUCCGGCGCCAUGUGCGACGCGUCCGGCAAGCACUGGCGCAUCAUUAGCUGGUGGUUUACGCACUUUUACGUGUCCAAGUUCUACGAGUUCGUCGACAGCUGGAUCGUGUACUUGAAGGGCGACAAACCGAUCUUGCUUCAGACGUACCACCACGCCGGGAUCAUUCUGUGCAUGUACUGCCUGAUCCAAGCGGAAGCGACGGCCCCCGCGCUCGUCGUCACGUCCUUCAACAGCUUCAUCCACACCAUCAUGUACACGUACUACCUCCUGGCGACGUUGGGGUACCGCAGCCCGUACGCCAAGUUCCUCACGAUGGCGCAGUUGACGCAAUUCCUUGUCGGGAUCUCGCUCACCGUGCCAUCCUACUUUGUUGCGGGAUGCAACAACACGGCGCAAACGUACGGCAUUGCGGCAAUCCAUGUCUACACCGUCAUUCUCAUUUACCUCUUCGCCAUGUUCUUUGCCAAGCGCUACACCAAGCCCGCGGCCAAAAAGGAUUAAGUUGCCACCAGAUUAAGUUGCCACCAGAUUAAGUUGCCACCAG